GACAGUUAACAAGCGGCUUACUCGUUGAGUACUUUGGUGUCCCAGCAGUGUUGACAGUUUCAACGUUUGCCGGCACUGUCUUACUUUUUUCCUUGAUCAGAUUGCGCACCAUGGCAAGUGUGGUGGUGAUAGGAAUCCUUUAUGGGUACAGCGCUGGAAUUUGUAAGUCGGCGUACCAUUGCUAGCUAUACUUAAUCACCGCUUGUUUCUCCAAUUCAAGCGCUAUGGGCACCUGUUCUAGCUGUCUUAUCGCCAGACCCAUCUGACCUAGGGUAUGCCCAUUCCUGAAAAG